GUGGUACUUAUCUGUGAUAUUUCAGAUGGAGAAUAAGGAGAGAGUAUUAAAGAUGAAAAAGUUGUACCCUUUUGAAGCACUGGAAGCUGAUUACUACAUGGGCGAUGAAGCUACUGGAGGUGUAGCUAGGGACAGCGAAGAAGAGCUCAGUUCUGAUGAUGAACUACAACAAGAGCUAUGCAAAUUGGCAGGAAUCAAACGCGAUUGUGUUCAGAAACGACGUCAGGAAAAACCGACACGCUCAGAGUUCGAAAUGGAUAUGGAAUACGAGCUAGAUCAGCUGAUCACUGACUACGCAAACGAGCAUCUCAGUGGAAAUGUGAAAAAAGAGAAGGUUCAAGCUGUUUCUGCUAAAGAGUUCGUGGAACAGUGUCAAGAAGAUGAAAUGCCUGCACUUGUUGGAGGUAGUGACGACGAAGAUGAAGAAGAGCAAGCCGAAGAAGGCGAGAAUCAAAAUGAAGUGCCGUCAAAGAGGCUGAAGAUGGACGAAAGCGUAAAAACGCCGAAAUCGAUCAAAGCCGAAACUAUGGAGGUGGAGAACAUUCAUUCUGAUGCAAAGCCAAGCAGUUCUUUAGCUGGUGUGAAUCAUACUGCUGAUGCUUCUGCAGAGAAUGAAGAAACGUCCAAAAAUAAGGAACAACCUAAAAAGCAUGUCACAUGGGAUGAAGCUGUCAAGGAGGAGAAUGAGGAGGAGGAGACCAAUCCAAUCAAGAAAGCAGCGAAACAGAGCAUCAAAGAUACGAAGAAGCAAAUUCCUGAGUAUUAUGAUCCUGAAGAAGAUGAUGAGAAUGAGAAGUGGAUGCAGCGCCAGCGGAAAAAGGCCACUGGAUUGGGUGAUCCAAAGAAAGCACAAGAAGCCAGGCCAAGUAUUGACGGAAAUUCUGAUGCCGUUCUUUCAUGUCCCGGAUGUAUGGUUAUGUUGACCAGGGAUUGUCAGCGGCAUGAAAUUUAUAAUGGACAGUAUAGGGCCAUGUUCGUGGAGAAUUGUCGUGUAGAGCACGAAAGUCUCAAGAUUGAAAAGACCGGUAAAGAGCGACGUCGUGAACGACAGAGGUUAAAGAAAAUGGGUCUUGACCCGAACGAACAACCGGUAGCCGAAGAUGACCUGUUUCUACCGGUGCAUUGUGCUGUUUGCUCGACAAAUGUUGCCGUCAUGGAUCAUGAUGAAGUCUACCAUUUUUUCAAUGUCUUAUCCGGUUAUGCUUAA